AUGAAAGUAAGAAUAGUGUUGAGUAGUGAUGCUAUCAGACAUAGUCCGGCAGCCCGUACCCGAUGUUCCUCGAGAGCAGACUUUGGAGGCACUGGAAGUUCGGGAAGCUCGGAAGGAAAAGGAAAUACUGGAGUGAACUCUCCAUCUCCAAAUCCUGGCUCUCGGCGUGUAUGGUCGGCUUUAGCUGCUUUUGCCAUCACUGCAUCGCUAGGAGGAGCUUACCUUUACAAGAAACAUAAUGAUAAUGAGCUGGGUGAAGCACAAAUAAUUAAUGAUAGUACAAUAGAGAAGAAAAAGGAGGUAAAAAAUACAUCUAUUCCUCCAACGGCUGAGAGUCUUCCCAAUCAUGUGCAGUAUUUAUUAGUGGGUGGUGGGACAGCGUCGUUUGCUGCUAUGAGGGCCAUUAGAAGCGCGCGCCCUGAAGCUCAGGUGCUUAUGAUUGGAGAGGAGGCAGCCCUGCCAUAUAUGAGACCACCGCUUAGUAAAGAACUUUGGCGAGAAAAAGAUCUGUCAGCCCGCUUUGAACAUCCUGAUGAUAUAUCAUUCCGACAGUGGAACGGACGGCGACGAAGCCUGCUAUACGAGCCAAAUGCAUUCUAUACAUCAGCUGAUAAGCUUCGCGAGGGUAACGCAGGGGCGGGUAUAGCUCGUGGGUGGAAAGUCCUAAACAUUGACCCAUCAGCACAUACAGCAGUUCUCUCAAACAUCGACACCGAGGAAAGUCACGUGCUCACAUAUGACAAGUGCCUGAUAGCGACGGGCGUGAGAGCGAGGCGGGUGCCGGCCUUACGAACAGCAGCAGCAGCUGGCAGGUCAUUGACCCUGAGAUCUGUACAUGACACAGCUCGUUUAGCUGCUGCUGUUGAUGAUCCAGCUGUUAAGGAUGUAGCGGUGGUGGGGGGAGGGUUCCUAGCUUCGGAGCUCAGUGCUGCCCUCGCUGAUAGACUUGGUCCUUCGGGUAAGCGCGUGAUGCAAGUGUUCCGUGAGCGCGCGCCGCUAGAGGGCGUGUUACCACACUACCUGGCUGACGAAGCGGCUAGAAGAUUGGAAGAAGCCGGCGUUACACUUGUGGCAAGUGAGGAGGUUGUGGACAGUUCUGUGGACGAGUCUGGUCGUGUUUCACUACGUCUGUCAUCCGGCGCUACACUGGUAGCUAAUGUGGUAGCAGAAUGCACUGGCAGUGAACCUGCUACGGAACUAGCAGUAGCAUCAGGCUUGGAAAUACACCCUGAACUAGGCGGGAUCCUCGUAGACGCGGAGCUACGAGCUCGAUCAGACUUAUUUGCGGCUGGCGACGUAGCAUGCUUCUACGACGUAGCACUAGGCCGGCGGCGCGUAGAGCAUCACGAUCACGCGGUAGUGUCUGGCCGACUGGCGGGCGAGAACAUGGCCGGCGUGAAGCGACCACAACACUACACGCAUCAGAGUAUGUUCUGGAGCGACCUCGGACCACAGUUGGGAUAUGAGGCGAUAGGUAUAAUAGAUUCCAAGCUGCACACGGUGGGCGUGUUCUCAGCUGACGCUGUUAAAGAACAGUCCACUGAGGCGAGGGUCCUAGGAGCGGCGGACGGGGAGGAGGGGGCGAAGGCCGAGGGCGCGGAGACCGAGGGGGCGAAGGCCGAGGGGGCGAAGGCUGAGUCAGCGCCGAAAAGAUACGAACGUGGCGUGGUCUUCUAUAUGAGAGAGAAGCGGGUAGUCGGAGUACUACUGUGGAAUUUAUUCAACCGCUUGCACGUCGCGAGACAGGUUCUGGCGCAGGGCGAGUUCGAUGACCUCUUCGAAGUCGCGAAGCUCUUCUCUCUCAACGACGAGGAAUAG